GUUGUGGCGGUGGUCGCGUCAAACGGACGGCAAUGCGCGCCUCGCCGCAAGUCGCCUUGUCUCCGCCGGGUGACGUGCUCUUGUGGACUUACGCCGUGAAGCAGCCAGCGGGCAAGCGGAGGCUUCCAGCCGUGCACAAGUGUCCCUGCCUGAAAAGCCACGUGCCAUCCCCGAUGCCUUCCCCGGAAGACGUUCACCAGCUUCGCUGCUUCAACUCGUCGGAUUCCCCAAGCCGUCCCAUGGGCACAGUGUCCAACCUCAAGCUCCACGUGGGGCGGCUUUUCAAGCCCGCGACACACGGGUCCGCGCCUAGCCCGUCACCCCCGUCCAGCCAGACGUCCAUCCCACCCUGGAAUCCGGCGCGCCGCAUCGUCACCUUCGUUUGUCUCGUGUCCCUCAUCUGCACCGCCAUCAUCGUCGCCGUGGUCGUUGCCGCCGUGCUCCUCUCGAAGCACGUCAUGCAAGCGCCCAGACCGCAGCGCUAUAGAAAACUUCAGUUCAACGCCGCCGUCGAAGUGGUGCCCAAACCGCAGAACCUCGUGGACCGAACCAACACCAUCGUGGUCCACCGGAAGAGUCCGGCGGCCUGGCAGUCCCAGUCCCGCCAGCUCCAGAGUCUCCUAGACAGCUACAGGACCAAAGGCCCCUGCGAUCCAGGAGGCGCCUGCUCUUUUCCCGUUGGCCUGGUGAGCGAGAACUGCAGCGCCACCGACCACUUCGGCUAUAGGACCGGUGCUCCUUGCGUGGCACUGGUGUUCCGGAAGGUGCAGGACUGGACGCCACAGCCGUUCACGAAAGAAGACCUUGCCUCCCCGACGGUACCGGAGGACGUUCGGGCCGGGUAUGACCCGGGGUUGCUCUUCGUGAGCUGCAAGAGCGAGCACAUCAACAGGGACAUUGACAUCCGCUACUCGCCGUACCACGGGUUUCCGGUGCGGUUUUUCCCGGCCAGGGAAGGACGACUACCCCCGCUCCUCAUGCUGCACUUUCCCAAUCCGCCGCUCAAGACCGAGGUCUGGGUGACUUGCCGCUUCUGGGCUAAGAACCUGGAUCAGACCGGUAACGGCAAGCUGACUUUCAAGUUGUUUGUCAUGUGAGUCGCCCGAACGCUGUGCCUCAGAGUGGCGUGUUUGACCACGGUGAUCACCUGACUCCUUGACCGGCAACCGAUGCGAGUCUGGGUCUCAAGAGACAAUGAAUGCUCGUGUCAACGCAUUCUGUAAAACAAAUAUGCUGAUGGACUGUGCCGAAUCGCUCCUGACUCGGAGCCUCUGUUUACCAUUAGAACUCUCAGUGCUCAAAUAUGUCACGCAACUUGUUCAAGUCGUGUGCGGUAAGGUGUUGUCUAAAUGCCUGUGUUUUCAAGACGAGCAUUUUACUCUCACACCUCCGUGGGAUUCAUUAUCAGUGUCCCUGCAUUCGUUUGUUGAAUAACAGCGCGUAACUGAGGUGAACAAGAAAAAACUAGGGUCAUAUUUUUCUCGGGUAGUAGCUCGAGAUUCAUAAACGUAAAAGCUGCAGUGAAGUGAAAUAUUGAUCAUGUAGUAGUUGCCAUUUUACACCAGCAUGCAGUGGCACACUGCCGAUGGUCAAUGUAUUGGCGGCAGUCAGCCAUCAGACACAAUUCAUUCACUUUCAUUCAAAUCUUAAAGGGGUCCUCCGCCGAUUUCUUCAUGGUCCCCGAUUUGCUUGAAAUUUUGCUAAACUCGCCAAACAUCGCCAAAAUAGUAUCCCAAAUAUUAGGUCAAAAUAAUUUUUUUUCACGAAGUUAUUGAAUUUACAAUUUCGUCCUAACCGUGUUUUUCAAACUGAAAGUCUCUACUGGCAACAAUGAAAAAGUGACGUCAUUGGAAGUGCAGGGGUUCACUCUUUGGACUGUAGAAUUUGUUCCCAACUGAUUCGAAGCAGUUUCAGGGUGUCAAAUGAAUGCUUUGGAAGCUCGCUCCAGUUCCCACGCUCCAGCACGGAACAAAUGAUUGGCAUAUUCUAUUUUUUAGACUGCUCGCCCGACUGGCAAGCUAACCUUCCACUGACGUCACGGCCCUGAAAAGGGCGGGUAUAUUUGAAUGCUGGUUUUUGGAUCAUUUUCAUUUGCCGAUUUCGCAAUAACUAUUAUGAAUUUCACGAUACUAAAUAGCAUACCAGAAAGGGCAAAGGCCGGGGAGUCAGAAAAUAUAGUUAGUUGAGGUAGCUCAAAAAUCGGCGGCGUACCGCUUUACCCAUGGUGCGAUUUCGCCUCCGAUUUUGCAGCUUUGGUGUUCAGUAUCACAACUUUCCUUGCGUUUUUUUUUUUUUUCAGCAUGAGCGACAUUGAAAUAGCGAAAUCUCAGGCAAUAUCGCACCAUGUGAUAUUUUUGUUUUUGAACUUUAUAGCAUUGCGGACCUCGCUCCAGCUAUAUGUACCAAACCGAUGUGAAUUGACAAUGUGUUCAAAGGUAUUUAUAUGAAUCUGCUUUACAUUAUGGAGUGUACUAAUUCUUGUAUAUUGCUUAGUUAUUUAAUAUAUGUGAAUUUGUUACGUGUGUUGAAGCAUAAGUUAUUAAUGACCGAGAUCUUGUACAUACGGAAUAUUUUUAUACAUGUUGGGUGCUAUCAAUGUUGUUGUAAUUUUGACAUCAGAUCGUGGCAACUAUUUUUGGCUAAGGAUAGCGCCGCGAACGCUCGCAUAUUCCGGUCAUACAAGAAGAAAUGAAAACUUGCAUCGUAAUUAAAUUGAGCUUUCUAACCCUCGACGAUCAGCUAACCAUUGGGUCAUUCAUAUGCGCACACUAGAGUUAACUUUGCUUAAAGCAAGCUAUUAUCAAAGUUAAAACUUUUCGAGACGUCAAAUUGUCUGUCAUCGCCGCCAUAGCUUUUGGCCUCCCUGUCUUGUCCUGAUCUCGUGAGCUUACCCUAGGAACACUUGCUAAACUUUAGCUCAUACUCCGCUUCUGCUGGUCAUAACUUAUGAAAUAAUUGGCUAUCAUCGCUGUAAUACGUUAACUGCCCGAGGUUACCAGUCGUACCGCACUGACCAAAUUCCAUUUGACAGCGGAGAGAGGUCAUCUUAUGUCAUGGCGUGAUUCCCUCUGUGAACAGCGACACGACUACUUUGACUUUUCCACCUUAAAUAUUGUCCGUCUUAUCGCACGAUAAGAAUCUACUCACGUAAUUGUACUGCAAUAUGGAGCACUGACGUCCGGUUAAUACCCACAUCCGGUAUACCACACUUAAUCAUUACUUGGCGAGCUACGAGAAAUGGAGCCCCGGGGUCCAAUUUCGACCACCGCCAGAGCGAGAUCUAAUUUUCCUCUCCCGGAGCUGGCGAAAGUAGCGUUCGUGGACGGUUUCGUCUGCUAACGAGAGCGAAGAACGCAGUUCGUCUGCUACUAAGCCUCAUUCGCAGGCUGAAAUAAAUCGAGAAAACAUCGUACGUCGUCUGCUCAUAGAUCCGAGCUCUGCGGUGUCGUGAGAUUAGACGCAGGCUGACGUUGUGAUCUUCUGCUAUUUCACGUUGGAAGUCAUUGACAACCAACGCUCCCGUCGCAAACCUUAAGUUGUUCCGCUGCCGAACAUAAGGUGCCAUCGACCGGUGGAUGAAGGAGUAUUAGGGGCAAUCACAUCAGAGGCCGCGAGACUUCCCUUGGUAUUUGCAUGUUGGUGAGACGUUCUCACCAAAUAAUUUCCGGAUUGUGAGCUCAUGAACGGGUCAAAUAUGUAUAAAAGGUUGAUAACGCACAAGCUGUGGCGCCACGUCCGAUCAGCAGCCUAGAACGCUCACCUUCUCACCUUGACAGAAAUCAGUCCGCAGGGGCGUUUCCGCUGCUCUUCGUUUCGGAGUGAGGCACUUGAAAACGGACGAAAUUACAUAAAUAGCGGUCACGUUCCUUAUUUGGCCAAUAUUAUUGGCUCGCUAAGAGUCAUUGAAAGUUGAGCAAAAGACGAACAACUUUCUGGAUGCAAUGUUUGAAUGAAAUAUAUGACUCAAGUUAUCAAAGUACGUUUUUGCAGACUCUGAUAGGCGCCUCCGAAUGAAAGUGUUUUCUUUUAUAUUUAUUGUGCGGCUCAUUUAUUGCAUUAAGUAUCAAUCCCUCCAAACUAUUUUUUUUUUCAAGUUUUGCACAGUUUAUUUUAGCGUCGUUCAGUGUAGUUUUUACCGAGAUGAGACUAACCACGGUAAUAUCUAAUAUACUGACAUUGAAAGUACCGGAAUGCCACGAUCAGCGAAACGUCAAGAGCAUUUUUUCUGUGCCCGCAUCAGAGGAACGCUUCCGACAAUGCUGUUCCAGUAUUUCACAUCGUUCGCUUUUUAUUAUCAUGAUGUUAGCUAGCCGUACCGUCAUUACUAUUUUACCGUAAUUCCUUAAACAGCACCUCCAUACGUUUGUACCUAAAAGUACGCCUUGGAGUCUAGAAGAAGGUCUGUCCACUUAUCGACCUGCUGCAUCCCGCGGGUAUUUGGUUGGGCAUUCAACUAAUCUGGUGUACGAAAAUGCAGUCAGUACGCAGGCAAGCUGGUGGAAGUUCACCAUUAUGUUUUAACCCAGACUUGGACAGAAGGAGGAAAAAACGUUCACAGUAGUAAAAAAAUAAGUCGGAACAGACAGACCAGCUUAAACACGCUGCCUGUGCCUAUUUCUGUUCUACCACUGUCGAAGCUUUUUUCUCCUUCUGCCCCCGUUUCGUGUAAAUACAUUACAGCCUGAUGAACCUCCAUUCAAAACUGAUGUCUGGAAGCCUGCUCUGGACAUCACAUUGAAAUCUUUCAUAUCACUUCGCAGUAUACUCAGUCACUCGAACGCCUGAAGAGGGACAACCCUCGUUAGAGCCAAUAGAAAACUACGCUCAGGAUGUCGACACUCUUUACCUCCAUGUUUAGACGUCGCAAGGACGGUCAUUUGUAUGUUCGAGUCACGUGACAACGAUUCCUGGCCGCCAUCAUAUUUUUGCCUAGAGCCGCACGGGAGCCGUUGGCGACUGUCAAAUUCUGAUGUGCGACGUUAAAGAGGCUUUCUAUGGUUCACGGAGAUCAUCGUGGUAUCCUACUACCCCAUUAUGGACUGUUUUAGCUAGCACGACGACGGAAAGUAAUUCUCGCGUUUGUCCUUGGGCACGUCAGCAGAAGCUUCUAGCAGCUGGCAGCAUUGAUCGUACGCACUGGUAUUGCUGAAGUGUGGCUAAUCCUGAAGCGGCGCUUCUUCAGUCGCUUCAGGCCCGGAGGAGCGCUGCGGUUUAGUCUAAAUAUAGCAUUCGAGUCCGGGGCUUAUUGCAAAAUGGCCCAGCGCUUCCCGUCAUCCCUUUUCUUUCUAUUUACGCGAGCUCGUUUCCUACUGGAUAGGGCGCUGGCUCGUUCAAAAGAAAAUGGGGCGGAAGUUUGCUUUAAGGAAAUCUUAAUGAAUUCACGCGCACGAAUGUCCCGGGGGAGCACAGUGACUGCUGUCUCUCCCUGCCAUCAACAAUGCGCACGUAUUCCAUUGCCAGACCAAGAUGCUUCGAGCGCCCGUAUUCUGCGCACCAUGGGACUUUGUGGCAGCUAACGUAACAAAACUACGCCGCUGACAGCGCACGCAUAAAUACGAAAAGCGCCAUGACGGUACAUGUUUGCCGCUGCUUGAUUGGCUCUAUCUGGUCGAAGCGUUGGCUGCGGUCAGGCUUACUGCGAAACCAACGUUACUAAAACACUCAGUUGGGAAACUCGCCGUCGAAACCUGGGCCGCUGGUGUCCACCGACACCGAGCUAAAUGCGACAACAGCGCCACUCUUUAUCGUUUGUCUGUACUGUGGUCACCUUGAGCUUUUUGAAAGCCUGUUUUUGCGUAAAAACAAACGGAAAAGACUCUUUUUGUAUGAAAUUUAUUGGAGUUUUGUACCAAAUGAAGGGAGCGUGAUGUUUUAUAAUCUUUAGUUUGCAAGGCUUUGCGGAACAAUUAAUCAUGUUUUUAUACAACCAUGCCUCAGCGGUCCUUUCAGGUAGCGCGUCCCGACCUAGGUGCAUUUUAACUUCGGUAGUUGGACGCGGCGUGUGCGCCGGGGGGACGGGGAUGGCACCCCUGUAACCUCGCCCGCUGUAUCUGUUCUUAAAGCCAAAGUAGAAGCCACGUGCAGUUCCUCCAGUGGCCGCUGCGGGAGAAAUGGUGGCGUUGUGUUCGUCAUUAGCUCGGUGCUCGGAGACAGAUUGCGGCCACUUUUUCAAAGCUGUCUCUAUGGGAGUUUCCCAACUGAGUGUUUCAGUAACGUUGUGUGAAACCAAGCAUGCGGAGCGGAAGUUCGUCUGCUUCUUGCUGAGGAGUUGCGGUGACGUCAAAAAGACUCCGAGCUCUGAUUGGCUCUGGUUGAAGAUUAGCGGGUAGACCUCAAAGCAAGCUGCCUUGCGGUCUACCCACUAUCCUUCAAUCAGAGCUAAUCAGAGCUCAGCGUUCUGACGUCACCACGACCUCUGUAAAUGAAGCAGACGAACUAGCACUCGUAGUACUUCGUUUCACAUAACAAAUUUUGCUGGAUCUGAGCCACUGCUAUAAUAAAAAAAAAUACGCAAUGAUGUCCAUUGCACUGAACUGCCAUCUGAGUAGACCAUGAACAGGAUUCCAAAAUUCUCAUUUGUUGUCCUCUCGAAACACAAUAUUUUAUUAUCACAAUCAGUAAAUAUAGACCCGACCGUGAUAACGUCAGUUUCCUUUUUGCUCCUUUUCUUAUUCGUGACCUUACAGCAUAGCUCGCACUUUUCGGUCCAGUUCGACCGUGUCGAUCGAAAUUUGCACCGAUUUAUUUACGAAGGUGCCAGCUGAGCCCGGCUGUCCACAAGGUAUGCCACGAAGUGGACAACUUCCGUAUGUGUGCAUAGUGUCGCGCUUUGAUUCUAGUCUCAAUAAGAUGUCUUUUGGAGAUGAGCGUUGUAUACCUGAGGAUUGAGGAUGCCGCUGACCAAAGAAAUAACGGCGCUUUGAGUGUUUCUCUGUGUACAUAGUUGACUGUAUCAUUUCCUCGGUGUAUGCGUCGCGUCCUUGUUUUGUUGGAAGCAAUAAAUGAAAACCAA